CAAAUUACUUAUCGAUAUAUACGCUACGUAUGCAUUGCAUGUACAUAUAGAUACGUGCAAUUACAUAUAGUGAUAUGAAAGCAUAAUACAUAAACUAUCCAUAUCGCAUACUAUUUUACGCAUUGUAUUUGUACAUUUGUUGUUUAUUGAUGAAUGCAGCAAUUCGCUGUUUACAGAAACAGGAAUCAGUUGCCUAAGAUAGUGCGAGGUGAACGGUACGUUGUGAAGGAAGAGUUCUAUAUCAGUUUUUAGAUAACGUUCCAACUACGAAGGAAAACGAUUCUGUUCAUUAGUCACUCUCGUGGUUAUAUCGAAUUAUACACAGACUUUUUAUUAUUUUAAUCAAAAACAACAUUGCUGAAAACACCAUUUAUAAAUAAGAAGUGACAUUUUACACUGACAAAUGGAUGCUACAUAAUAAUUAUAAAUUUUUAUUCAUGACAAGCAUGUUUAGUGGUUGAGACUAAUUUUUAUAAAAAUUAUAAUUCGAAAUCUUUGCCGUGUAUUGUCUAACGUUUGUGUAGUUCGUGAUAUUGUAAUUUUGUAAUCACAUAUAUUAAAAGGUAGUUAUUGACAAAUUAGACGUUGACAGGAUGUCUAAUAGCAGAAGCGAAGUUGAUCCUUUCAGCGAGACACCUUUAGAACUUCAGCAGUUUGAAGAAACUACGGAAGUUAUCACAGAACAAACCUCAAUGGUAGAAACAGAUGAUAUAGCAAAUAAUUUAACAUAUGCAGAACCCUUAACGCCAAUGCAAGUACGCUGGUUUUAUAGAGACGGUGUUGACAAAAGAUGGAUAGAAUUUUGUGGAUAUGACAGUUUGAGAAUUGAAAAUGCUUGGCAAACUUAUCAAAAUUUACUUAGUAAAAAUAAUGACCCUUUGAAUAAUUUGCCUCCUAUAGAAAAAAUUGUAGUAAAAGGAGGAAUGUACGAUGUUGAAAUUGAUAAAAUGAAAUGUAUUUCUAUAUAUUGUCCAGGAGAAGAAUGGGAAAUAAUGAGAGGCACUUGGUAUUAUGAUGGUAGUUGGAUACCCUUAGAAUUGGAACAAUCUAAAGUCAUAGAAGAAGUUCAUCUUAAUCUUUUUCAAAAACAACUUCCAAGUCAAUCUACUUCAGUGUCUGACGUGCCUCAUCCUUACAAAAUAUUGCAUACAGAACACUUUCCUGAAUUUCAUGUUGAUUGGCAUAGCAUAAAUGAUGUGGUAUUACACAGUGAAUAUAGACACAGUAAACUAAUGCGCAGUGUUACAUCAAAAUUGGGAUUUGCAAAAACUACAGGCUAUCAGUUAAGAAGAGGCUAUAAAUUUGCUGCAGUAAUGGAAGAUAAGCCUCAUGAUAUUGAUCAUAUAGUAUUUGUAGUUCAUGGAAUUGGUCAAAAAAGAGAUACAGGAAAAAUUAUUCGUAAUACAACAUCAUUUAGAGAUUGUGUGGAUUGGUUAAAACAAAAAUAUUUUCCCAAUUCCAAUUAUAGAGUUGAAUUUUUCCCUGUUGAAUGGCGAUCUUCAUUAAAACUUGAUGGAGAUAUUGUAGAAGCCAUUACACCUUACAGUGUACUAAGUAUACGACAUUUAUUAAAUACAUCAGCGAUGGAUAUACUUUAUUAUACAAGUCCUCUUUACGGUGGAGAAGUAAGAGCAGGAUUACAAAAAGAAUUAAAUAGACUAUAUUUUAUGUUUGCAAGUCGACAUCCAGGUUGGAAAGGAAAAGUUUCAAUCUUAGCACAUUCUUUAGGAUGUGUAAUUGUUUAUGAUAUUGUCACAGGUUGGAUGGGUCCAGACACAAGACCCCCAUCCCCAGAAACGCAAGAAGUUCUAUUGCAACGAUUACAAUUUCCAAUUGAAAAUUUAUUUUGUUUGGGUUCUCCAUUAUCUGUAUUCCUUGCAUUACGUACCCGUUCUCCUUCAAAUAAAACUGAUGUGAUGCCUCAAGGUUUAUGCAAAAGAUUUUACAAUAUAUUUCACUGGUCUGAUCCUGUAGCUUACAGAAUGGAACCACUUUUGGAGAGAGGUUAUAGCAAAAUAGAACCAGUUCUUAUACCACCUUACGGAGGAGUUGAUGGUCAACAGAUGGAACAAUCUCCUCCAUCAAUAAGUGGUGCUGAUCAAACUUUUUCCCCUGCAGAAACUGACGAAAGAGAGGAAAGUCCGGAUAUGUCUAAUCGUACUUCAGAUAAAGGUUGGAGUCUAUGGGGUUUAGUGCGUGCUGGUUGGAAUGCUAAAGAAGAUGCAUCUACUCCGCUUCAACCAGGUCAAGAAUUAUCACAACGGUUAGAUUAUGUACUUCGAGCAAGUUUGGGACGAAAUUAUCUAUACACGGUAGCAGCACAUACAACAUAUUGGAGUAACUAUGAUGUAGCCUAUUUUGUGUUAACAAGACUUUUUCCAACAUUAGAAACGUGAUGUUUAUCUGCACAUCUAGUAUGGUAUUCAAAUAGAUUUUACUAAAAUUUACUAGUCCAUUGUAGGCCUCAGGGUCUAACUUUGACAGUAGGCCUACUAAAACAAUCUGUGAUAAUGAAAAAUCGAUACAAUAAUAUUAUAAAUUUAAUCUAAAUUAAGCAUGCUAUAUUGCUCAUAUAAUUUAAAAUUAAUAUAAUCGAAAUUUACGAUAAAAACGUAUAUGUUCUUUCAUACACUUAAUAAGAUAUCCACAUUCGUUACAUUAAAAUAAUUACUUAAUUCAUGACUUAAUUUAGUACUUUACAUUUUUUGUUAAAUGUGGUACACAUGUUUUAUGCAAAAUGUUUAUUUUAAUGUACAAAAAAUUAAUAUAUUAACAUGUUAUGUAUUUAUAACAUAAGAGCUGUUCUGUACAAUAUGUUUUAUAUUAUUGGAAACUUGUUAUUUCUUGUCUCUGUUAUGUGUUAAAAUGUAAGAAUUAACUUUUCGCUACAAUUGUUCUAUAAAAAAUGCUACAAAUAUUCUAGUAAUGAUCACUUAGUAAUUAAAAAUUCACAUUACAACACAAAUUUAUUAUAUUAUUAUUAUAUAUUCAACAGUACAGAUACUAUCAAAAUAUUUUACUUGCAUAAACAGUAUAGAAAUGUAAUUCCCCACCAGUCUUUGUAAGACCGGGGGAAUAUUUCAGGAUGACUUUAAACAUUUUGUUACAUAUAUACUGAUAUCUUUUAAAUUCUAAAAGAAAUCAGAUAUAUUUAUAUAAGUAUUAAUACCCACACUACAUAUGAUUAUAAAGUAUAAGAGUGGGACAACUACUUUCAGUUAAAAAUUUAAAAUAGUAAUUUUAUUAUUUUGAUCUUGAACUAAUAACGAAAAAUUAAGAUCAUGUCAAUGUCUUUUUUAAGUAUCUAAUGUGAAAUGAAACUUAACAUAAUCAGAAAAAUCGCAUUAAUAUACACCUAGCUCUCGAUUUACACGAAAUAUCAGUUUCUCAAAAUAUCGUGUAAAUUGAAAACAAACCAAAAUGUGGAUAAUUUAAUCAGUUACAUAUUUAAUUAAAUUCAUUUAUUUCAACAUAAAAUAAAAAUAAAAUACCAUGAAAAACAAAAAUAUCAGUUAAUUUAUGAAAUGACAAAUAUAUAAAGUUGUAAGUACCAUUCGCCUCUCACGUUAGUGCCAUUGGCCUGUGGUUUAAAAGUACACAGGAGCAAGGGGACUUCCACUUACGACGCUUGGGCCUUGACGCGCGUUAAUAAUGGCCGUGCGUCGACGACUGAGCAUUGUGAGUGGAAGCGUCCCCUUGCCUCUGUGUACGGUUAAGCCUCAGGCCGACAGCACUUACGUAAAAAGCGAAUAGUACAUAAUUCUUUUUAUAAAAACGAGAAAUAUAAAAUCUAUAAAAAUGAAAUCAAAAGUUGAAUCAAGAAACCAAGCCCACACAAUUUUAAAUAAAUUAUAAAAAUGCUACAAAGUCUAUAAUUGUUUAUUACUAACCAGUAAAUAUGACGUUUUAAAAAAUUUUGAUUAGAAAAAGCACAACGAUGCACACCUUUCUGCUACUAAAGAUUUACUGAACUUUACUACUCUAAUUUACAUGAAUGGUUCUUGUGUGUAUACAAAAAGGGAAAUUCUUUUUUUUCGAUUUAAUGGCAGUGUUACCAAUCGAAUGAAAUUAGAAAUUUACUAUAGAAACAUAUGUGCAGUAAAACGUUUAUUUCUAACAUUUUUUUUUAAUUUAUUAUUUUGAAAACCGUGUACUUAAAUCGGGAGAUAGGUGUAUUCGAAAUAUUUUUUUAAAGAUAAUUUCACUUUUGAUACGUUGAGUUCAAACAAUUUUCUGACAUUAGAAGAAUUUGAAAUGGUGUCUGAACUCUUAGUGUUUGAAACACAAGGAGCGCACAGUAUGGGAGUCUUACAAAUAUUAUUUUGUAAAACAAAGUAAUGUUGAUCUUAGUUUCGUUAAAUCUUUUCAACUGCUUCUAUUAAGAUAAAUAAACAUUGAAUGACAACUGUUUUAACAUUUACAUUUGAAUACUUUUAAGUUACACUUGUAAUAAUGUGUGCUAUUGAUCUGAAGGAGUGCAAUGAUAGAUUGAAUGAACUUGUUGUGUGCUGUUAUGCUGAUAAAAAGAGAAUAUAGCAGUAUAAUUAUCUACUUCGACCAAGCUUUUUAUAGUGAAUUUAAAACAAAAAUAAGUGAAAAUAUAUAAGCAUUUUUGUGCAUACGUAUUGUUUAGAAAAUAUGUACUGUUAAAAUUUUGAUAUAUCAAUGACUCAUCUUUAAAGUUAAUGUACAUUUCUGCAAUAAUCUUUUUCAUUUAAAUAGCAUUUUCUAGAAUAAUAAUACAGCAUAAUUAUUAUAUAAUAAUGUUACAGGGUUUGGUUUCUUAUAAAAUAUAAUGUAAAAACUAUCUUUCUACAAAUUUAUAAACAGUAAAUUUAGUAGAUGUGUUUUAUUGAGAAAAUAUAAAUAGGUUUUGUAGGUGAAAUUAUCCAUCUAUGAAUAAAAAAUAAAUUAAGAAUUUAUAUAAAUUGUUAUAGCCAAUGGUAAUGAAAAAAAUGCUAUUUAAAGGACAAAAAUAUUAUUAUUAUUAUGUAAAAUAAUAAAUUUUUAAAAUAAACAUAUGUUAAUUUACUUGUUUUUAAAUUCAUCACAAAAAAUUUAGUUGAAAUUGAUGAUCUAAUUGCUGUGUGCUCUCGUUACAAGUUUAUUUUUACACACCAAUUUCACUCUAACACUAAAAUUAAUAAUUAAUAAUUCUUGUAUUAAUUUAGGUGCUACACGUUACAAAGUAGUAUACAAUUUUCAAUUAUAAUAAAAACUUUUGGCAUCUUUUACAUAACAAGUGUAUUUGAAAUUCUUGCAAUCCAUACCUUUAUAUGCUAUAAUCAAGUACUGUUAGAUUGAAUGACUUAAUGAAUGAACCAUGUAUAAAGUUUCCAUUCCUGGAAAUUGUGUAGGUAUAAAAUUGUAAUGUUCACGUUUGGCGAAAUAUUUUGAAUCGCAACGUAUUAAUCGAUUACUAAAAGGGUCGGUUAUGAACAUUUGUUUAAUACAUGUGUAACUAAAAUAAGUAUAAUUGAAAGUUAUCCAAAUAAUAUUAUGUUUAAUCUUAUUUAUAUUAUAAAUAUUUUACUAAUUCGUUAGCAAAAACUUUAUAAAAGUAUAAUAAAAAAUAAAGAAAUUUUUAUAUUGCAAUAGUAGUUAAAUAUGUUAUCGACACCGUCUUGUGAUUUUUUUAAUUUGAUGGGUUCAUUAUUAAUAUUGUUUGAUUUAUUUUUUAUGAUUCUUAUUUCCUAUACUCAUUGAAUAGUUUGUACAGAGCAGAAUUUGUUUCACCAAUAGAAAUAGAUUGAUAUUUGAUCACCAGUUCAACAACUUUCAAUUGUUAUGAAAUUUUAAAAAUUUUGGUCAAUUAAUUUCUAUUUUCAUAAUUAUAAUCAUUCAAUUGAUAUUUUUUUCUUUUUAACAAGCCCUCACAAAUUUAUGAUAUAUUAUUUCUUCUUAUAAUUACACUUCAUUGAAUUUAUUAUAAUCAUAUCACUGUUUCUAUUACAUUAUGGGGUUUUCACGU